AUGCCAUUUCUCCACCGGCACACGGGACCUCGAUGGCCGCCAUCUCCCUUAGUGGAAGAUGAAUAUGUUUCUUUGUCUCGCGAAUUGCAUGGCUUGUCAAACCUGGGGGAGAAGCCUGGGCUGGAAGGCGUUUGUGCCAGAGGGACCAUCAACCAGGAACCUAUGAUCUUGGACCUGGACCGCUCCUCAACUCCUCCGCCACUCGUUCACUGCACAGAAAACUGUUCAUCAGAUGAGGGAAAUGGACCUCCUACGCCUCCCCAAACCUAUGCCAGUCGCAAGCCAUUCUUCCCGGCCAUCAAAAAUCUUUCGUACGAGGCUUGGCCAAUGUCCCCUCGGGCUGGUACGCCCCCGCCCCAAUCAUUCAACUUUGGCGACCUGUCGAAAAUUGUUGCAGAAUCCAAGCGAGAAAACACACGUCCUCGAAUCUCCAAGGAGCAGCUGCUUCCCGCUCAACAAAGGCCUGUCCGCACGCCUGAUCGUCGUUCGAACCCGAUUGCAGCAAAGCCAAAUGCAAGCCAGGCCUGUCUGCCUCGGGAAAGUCCGACACGGCGGGAACAGUCUCCUGGUGCUCUGUCGUUUUCCCGAAAAAUGGAAGAAAGAUUCAGACAGUACGAGCAGCGUAGGGCUCCAAGAAUUGAAGAACAGAGUAGUCGUGAGAGCCUACAUAGCGCCGCUACUGACUCUGCUAUCAUCCCAUUUCCAAGAUCCAUCAAGAUGCCGGCAGCGACUGAGAAAUUCUUGAUGACCCAAUCUUCAUCUGCUCCACAAUCCCCAAUCCGUGAACACCAACGCAUGUCUCCAAGGCCGUCGAGAACAUUUGGUCCUUCUACUUUUCCAUCACCACGCCGUAUGUCGUCGAACGUGGCACCGCCUUCGCCCAGACGGACGGUAUCCUUCCCGGACGAAGUACAAUGGAUUCACGCAGCCCCAGGUCGAAGAGUUGAACUAUCGCCUCGGGCGUCACCGCGGGCGUCGCCUAGAGCUUCGCCAGCACCUCGUCGAAGUAGCUCUUCUCUGGAGUCGAAGCGUCCGGCAUCCUCCAGAACAUCUGAUCUCCGUCUUUCGCCGUGUCCUCGAUCGGUAGGGAUGCCAGGUCACCAGGAUUGGUCCACGAUCAGAGGUUUCGAUCACCUGUAUAUCUGCCCUUCAUGCACAGAAAACAUCUCCAACUCCAAAUUCGGCAGCUUCGUCAUCCCCAGCGUCCCCAAGCCUCGCACAGACUUGAUAAGCUGCUCCUUCAGCGAUCCCUGGGCCCGACUAGCCUGGUUCCAAACCAUCAAAGAAGACCUCAAUCAUCUCGACAUCCUCUACAAAAUCACCCGCGGAACCAGCGUCUGCCCCGGCCGCGACAAAGCCACCGAAUGCUGGUACAAAGUCGUCGACUCAGAAACAAAAACCCACCUCCCCGGCUUCAACGCCUGCCCCGCCUGCGUCCGCAACCUCCGAAUCCUAAUGCCCACCCUCCGCUACGCCUUCAAACGCAGCACCGUCAAGGACAAGCGCUCCUGCGACUUCGUCACCGACAGCCCUCGCUUCGUCAACUACAUCGACCUACUCGACCGCGCAGCCAACCGCGCCGAAAGAGAAAUCCCACCGCGCGCCAAAAUCCCCGAAUUCAUCGCCUACGCACGACGCAAGACUUCCCUCCCGGAAUGUCGUCGCGAUCGCCCCAAGUACAAAACCUGGCACUAUAUCCCGCAAUUACCAGAGUUCACCGUCUGCGAAGAUUGCUACGAAGACGUCAUCUGGCCUUUCGCCCAGGACGACGAGCCAAUCGCCAACAAGUUCACGAGUACCCCGCGCCUCCUUCCGGGAAAUGACAAGUGCCGCGAGGCAACCUGCCAAUUAUACUCGCCGCGCAUGCGCGCAAAGUUCAAGGACGCCGUGCAGAGGAAUGACUUUGGUUUUCUGAAGGCUGCUGUUUUGAAGCGGUAUGGUGCGGAGCAGAUGUAUCAGGCGCGGCGGUCGAAAUUGCUGGGGCAGUGGGAUCGCGGGUAUGAUGUUGAUUUGGAGUUGAGGAGGAAUAAGGUGCCGUGGAGGAAUGGGUGGGAAUAA